AUGCCUAUGAGUCGACGUACCACUGCAACGAUCGCAUCGAACUCUUCGACGACCUCAAAAACCAUUAAGGAGAAGAACGAUCUCGACACGACGGAAUUCGAGAACAAACAGCUGUACGACAACAUCCGUCUCGAGAAGAGCAACGAAAAACAUUUCAAGGAUAUGGACAAGGCCGAGAAGGAGAGGGCGGAAGCCGAGAAGUCGGCGGAGAAGGCCGCGGCGGUCCAGACCCAGUACGUGGAGACCAGGGCCAGCCGCCGACGAAGAGUUCAAUGGUGUGCUCAAGUCCGGGAGCGAGGAGAAAGCGGCCUUCUGGGACCAGCGCUCCAGGAUUCGGGCCGAGGAGCUGCAGGUGAUCGCCACGGCCAUCGAGUCGCUCGAGUCCGGCGCGGCGCCGAACUGGAGCGCGAACGAGAAUCUCAACGACCUGCCGUCGCAAAAGAAGACGCCGAGCUUCCUGCAGCUCCGCGGGGGCCGCGGCGGUCAGAAGGCUGGCGGGCGCGAGAAGGCCAUGGCUCUGCUCAGCUCCGCGUCGCAGCGCCUGCGCAGCUCGAUGCUGGCCAUGGUCAGCCUGCGCGUCGAGGCGCCCGUGCAGGCGACGCAGGGCGGCCGACAGGAGGACCCCUUCGUCAAAAGCGGAUGGAUGAAGACCGGGGCCAGUCAUCAUCAUCCUAG